AUGGAUCGUAACGAGAGCACAAACGAGGGCGGAAGCUCGCCGGACACGGUGAUCGCGCGCUCCUCGUCCGAAGAGGAGCGGAACAGGCUCGCGUGCAGCACUUCCGGCGAGUACGUGACCACCGUUGAUGACAGCAGCUCGAGUUUGGACACGGUGACCAGCGCCGGGACGACGAGGAACGUCGGCACGAAUGAUCCAGCGGCGACCGAUGACAAGAAAAGGGGAAGGUUCGACGCUUUAAAGAGCAGUUUCCGCAAGGAGGGAGGCCUGUUCAAGAUCAGGAGGAAGAACAGGCAGCUGGACGAGCCGGCUGCCGAGCCUGAGCCGGAUGUCGAGGAAAAAGAAACGGGUCGAAAGCGGAGCCCAGCGGAGGAGGACGAUGAUCGCAAGGCUGGCGCUAGUCCGUCAACGUCCUUGAAGAAGAAGAAGAAAAAGUCGCACUCUUUGGUACGCAAGCUGUCGUUGAACAAAUUUCGUCUGUCGACGGAGCAAGAGCCGAGGCACACGCCCGAAGGUGGUGACAGCAGCCGAUCGCAGAGCCAAUCGUCGCAGGAGUCGCCUAGUCUCUCGGACAGUCCGUCGAGGAUCGCGAGGAAGGGGCAGGAGAGGUUUGAGUGUGAGGCCAAGACGCCUCCGCGUGAUACCGCGUUACACCAGGUGGACGUAGAGAAGGGAGAGCCGAGAAAACUGGAGAAACCGACGGAGAAACUGGUGAGCACGGUGACCGUAGUGCAGCGCAAGUCGCCGUCGUUGACCAUCAGGAGCUUUUCUUCCAAGAAUCAGAACGAUUCCCAAUCAUCGGAGAAGUCUCCACGCCCGGAAGCUCGGUGCAGCUCGACGCUUCCGUACGCGAUUUCAAAAUGGCCGGAGCAGAACGCCGCGAGUGUAGCGUCUGCCGAGCCGCCUAGAAAGUCGAAGCUGAGCACAAAAUCCGAGUCCGAGUCGGCGAUAGCGAAGACCUCGCCUCACGAGGUCAGACGAAAAUUGUCCCUGCUCGAAGAGAAACGCGCGAUCUUCCAGCGUCGCUUGUUCGAGACGACCCGUGACAACGAUUCCGGCGAGACGGUGAUAGCCGUCAGCGUCGACGACGACGACAAGUCAACGGCGACGAAGGAGGCAGAGGCCCGAACGAAGGACGAGGGUCGAACGAAGAAGAGAGCCAGGCACAUAAGCGUGAAGAAGUUCGACACGUUCUCGACGUUCGAGGGCACGUUCGACGAGGAGACCGGCGUUGGAUAUUUGGCUGGUAUCGAGGAGGAUUACACAGAGAGUUACGACAGACAACACGACAGCUACGUGGCAACUAUGGGGCCGAUGAUGGGCGAUUCCGCGGAGAAGAGCAAGGUCGUCAGCCAGGACAGCAUGUCGUCACUGAACAAUUCGCCGAAUGCCGGAGUAGGCGAGAAACGAGAACACUUGUAUAAAAUCCUGGUGAUCGGCGAGCUGGGCGCCGGCAAGACGUCCAUCAUCAAGAGAUACGUGCAUCAAUUUUUCUCGCAGCAUUAUCGCGCGACGAUUGGCGUCGACUUCGCAUUGAAAGUAUUGAACUGGGACCCGCACACGAUUAUAAGGCUACAACUAUGGGACAUCGCAGGCCAAGAAAGAUUUGGAAACAUGACGCGGGUAUACUACAAGGAGGCAGUUGGCGCGUUCAUAGUGUUCGACGUGACGAGAAGUGCCACGUUAGACGCAGUGGUGAAAUGGAAACAAGAUUUGGACUCGAAAGUCCAGCUUCCUGACGGCUCGCCGAUACCCUGUGUACUUCUGGCGAACAAAUGUGACCAGCAGAAGGAAGGCCUGGUGAACACGCCAGCGAAAAUGGACGAAUACUGUAAAGAGAAGAAUUUCGCCGGCUGGUUCGAGACGUCAGCCAAGGAAAAUAUCAAUAUUGAGGAGGCUGCGAAAUUUCUCGUCAACAAAAUACUUCAGAAUGACCAGCUGAUGAAGGGAAACGGCUCUCAGGAUCAGACAGACGGCGAGCGAUUCGCGCUGAAUCAGUCGCCGACGAGUUCAAAGAAAUCCUGCUCCUGCUGACGAAUCGGUAACCAAUCGAUAGCAGGAUCGUCCGGUCUGUUAUCGCGGUCCUGCCAUCACCGUUUAACCACCACCGGUGCCAUGACACAAGAGUGCAGUCCAGUCGUCGUUGUCGUUGGAUCGUGUGACCAGUUCCCUCCCCAUGAAACGAACUUUAACAAUCAUCUUCUUCUUGUCGAUCGAGCUCUUUUACAGAGAUCUCGACGAUUCGCCGCGUGUCGUUAAUUGUUGCUGGCUGAGAGGUCAUGAAACUUGAACGAUCUAUGUAUUGUAAAUUUAUACGCGUAUUUAUGGGAGAUUCGGUGAAGUUUGUUGGGGACGAUGAAGCUCGGAAUGCUGAACAGAGAUGAAAAUAUUGCGUUAGAAUUAAACGAGAGCGGUGAGAAUAAGUUAAUCUUCUGUAAUUUAAGAGUUACAGGAACAUAUUGAACGAUUGAUAAUAAAAGGCUGAAAGUUCUUGUCAACGAACGUGUUAAUUAAUUAGCAUUCUUUAUUUUAAUACACGUUGUCGUUGAUGAGAAUCUUGCAGUUUUCAUCGUUCGAUAAUGAAGAAGUACGAACAUCACUGUGAGUGUAUUCAAAGCUUGGAAAUAUUUAUCGCCAUUGUUUUCCAUCAAUACGUCAUUAUAUAUGUACCGAGCGAAUUCGUAAUAAUAUUAAUCAAUAAUACACAUAUGUAGUAUGUAAUUAUUAUGUAAGAAUUAUCAAUUGCCAGAUUUCAGAUUCUAGCAAGUCACUAAUCAUCGACUAAUAAUUCUUAUCUUUUGCAAAAGUGAACAACUGGAGGAUUAAUUCUUCAUUGAUUGGAAAUUUUGUGACUUUACAACGAUUCUGUGAAAUUUUUUUGAUCAACUCAAAAGAAUACUGAACAUUGAAUUUAUAAGAUGAUCUUUUACAUAUUUUAUAAAAACUUGAACUCAAAGGUUCUUGUUAUCUAUUUUUAAGCUUAAUUUCAAUGUUGUUCCCUCUGUAUUUUUGUUCGGAUCUUCCAAGUAUUCACUAGAGUACCAAGUUUCAAAAUUCAAAGAUUCUUUUAACAAGUCUAUUUUUAAACAAUUUUAACACUUUUCUUCUAUAGCUUUACUUUUAUACAUCCUCCAAAUAUUCAUUACAGAAAUAUAGAAUUCCAACUGUUUUGUAUCCUUCUUAUUAUUUAUUAGCUUCAUAAGAAGAGAUUUUUGAAAGAAAUCUGACUCGUCUCAGUAUUCCUAGCUCACUCACAAUCAGUCCAGUCUCCCAGUGCUUUCCACGUGCUCUCUUCCAUCGGAGAGGAAAGAAAAAUUAUUUAAUUAUCACAGAGAAAUUCGUGAACAACGAACGAACGAAUGAUUGACGAAAACAUGCCCGAAAGAUGAUGGAAAGGUUUCUACGAUAAUUUUGAACGUUGUAACGGAAUGUAACUUUCAAGGUUGAUCAUUUCAAGGAGAGUGGUCAUUGCUCGCAAUACUUUUGCCUCCAAUACAAGGGACUACUGUGACGACAUAAUUAAUCGACAUGUGUACACGUCGGUGAAGAAAGAGCCUGUGAAUACGCUGUUGCUCGAAUUCUUUGCGAUUCUGUCGAAAACUAGUGGCGAAAAAUUACGUUCCAGGCAUUCCCUCAUAGACUUCAAUCAACUCUACGUUUCGUUAUUUGCUGUACAGUAUUGAACACGGAGGGGUACGAGUAAGAUGAGCUACAAUUAACAAUUAAUAAUUUUCAUGUAAAAAUGUAUGCGCGCUUGGAAGGAUGGAAGAGAGGGAAAGUUUCAAGGCGAAAAGGCGAAUUGUAAUGUAAUUUAGAUUAAUUUACUGUAUUUCUACUUUAUUUUUUUUUUUUUCAAUUAAAUUUGUUACAUCAGAAUCUUUAUUUUUGACGUAAUUUCAAAAGUAGAGAGAUCAGUCUUUCAUUCGAAAUUCAGGCAAUUUUAUUUCUGUGGUUGUAAUUUGACUCUCCGUUCCAUUGCGCAUUCCUCCGUUUCCAUCCCUCGAUCUUAGAAGAUUAUGCUAAUGUAAGACCUUAACGAAUAAACUAUUCUCGCAUCCCAGCGGUUUUUAUAUCAACUCUAAAUGCUAAGUUCAGCGUGAUUUUUCUAUUAAGAAACUAAAGACCAUAGAUGUACAAUUUACAAUUAACGAUCAACAGUGUUCACAAAUCGAACAACUAUCGGUUGAUGGAUAGAAACGCGUAAAUUAGGUAUUAAGAGAAGAAGCUUCCUUCUUCCUUCUGGAAUUUUAUUCUUUUUAUUUUUUAAUUCUACGAACAUUUGGUCGCGACUUUCAUUCCAAUCGAGGAGAUAGUUGAACAAUGGUAGCCUACUAUCUCUCGAUUUACUAUGAUAAGUCCAUGAUAGUUUACGCGUAUCGUCAUUUAAAAGUAUUUGAACGUUCAUUCGCUUACUUCUCGUGGAAUUCGUGCAAUUUAAUUAUAAGAACGAAGUAUAAUAUUGUGUAAGUAUGAUGUAACGUUAUGUAAUAACACGGUAACGUAUUAAGGCAAUAAUGGUGAAAUUAGUUUCUCCGAGAGCGAAAUAUUUGACGACGAGAAUGGGCACUCAUGCGUAGAAUAUUAAAACUUUCGACGAAAUUUUCAAAAUUACAUUUAUUUGCUUUACUUUAACUUUCAAACUUCGAGUUGAUAGAUAAAAGAGAGAUAGAUAUAUAUUUAGGAUAUAAGAAUUAUUUAAAACCAUCAAAUAUAUUAAUUAAUGAAUUUAAUUCUACUAGUAUUGAAAGUAUCGAGCAUUUGGUUUUUCUUUUUUUUAAUUUACUAAAAAA